AUGAAAGAGAAGUCCAAAAAUGCUGCCCGGACUAGGCGGGAGAAAGAAAACAGUGAAUUUUACGAACUGGCUAAAUUGCUGCCCUUGCCCUCGGCCAUCACCUCGCAGCUGGACAAGGCAUCCAUAAUCAGACUCACCACCAGCUACCUCAAAAUGCGGGUGGUUUUCCCCGAAGGACUUGGAGAAGCCUGGGGCCAUUCCAGUCGAACCAGCCCGUUGGAUAACGUUGGACGGGAACUGGGAUCGCAUCUUUUGCAGACCUUGGACGGCUUCAUAUUCGUCGUGGCUCCGGACGGCAAGAUCAUGUACAUCUCGGAGACGGCCUCGGUGCACCUGGGUUUGUCGCAGGUAGAGCUGACCGGUAACAGCAUUUACGAGUACAUCCACCCGGCUGACCACGACGAGAUGACGGCCGUGCUCACGGCCCACCAGCCCUACCACUCGCACUUCGUGCAGGAGUACGAGAUCGAGCGCUCCUUCUUCCUGCGCAUGAAGUGCGUCCUGGCCAAGAGGAACGCGGGCCUCACGUGCGGCGGCUACAAGGUCAUCCACUGCAGCGGGUACCUGAAGAUCCGCCAGUACAGCCUGGACAUGUCCCCCUUCGACGGCUGCUACCAAAACGUCGGCUUGGUCGCCGUGGGCCACUCGCUGCCGCCCAGCGCCGUCACGGAAAUCAAGCUCCACAGCAAUAUGUUCAUGUUCCGGGCCAGCCUGGAUAUGAAGCUUAUAUUCUUAGAUUCCAGGGUGGCCGAGCUCACGGGCUAUGAGCCGCAGGACCUCAUAGAGAAGACCCUUUACCACCACGUGCACGGCUGCGACACCUUCCACCUGCGAUGCGCCCAUCACCUGCUGCUGGUGAAGGGGCAAGUGACCACCAAGUACUACCGCUUCCUGGCCAAGCACGGCGGCUGGGUGUGGGUGCAGAGCUACGCCACCAUCGUGCACAACAGCCGCUCCUCGCGGCCCCACUGCAUCGUCAGCGUCAACUACGUCCUCACGGAUACUGAAUACAAAGGACUACAGCUCUCCUUGGAUCAGGUCACAGCUACCAAGCCGGCGUUCUCAUACGCAAAUUCGACUCCGACCAUAACGGAUAAUAGAAAAGGAAGCAAAUCUCGUCUCUCGAGCACAAAGUCAAAAUCUAGGACCUCACCAUACCCACAGUAUUCCAGCUUUCACACAGAGCGAUCCGAAUCCGACCACGAGAGCCAGUGGGGCGGGAGCCCCCUGACCGACACGGCUUCCCCGCAGCUCCUGGAGCCUGUGGACAGGCCGAGCUCGCAGCACCACGACGUCUCCUGCGCCUACCGGCAGUACUCGGACCGCGGCGCGCUCUGCUACGGCUUCGCCCUCGACCACCCUCGGCUGGCCGAAGACAGGCAUUUCCACACGCAGGCCUGCGAAGGGGGCCGCUGCGAAGCGGGCAGGUACUUCCUCGGCACGCCGCAGCCCGGCAGGGAGAGCUGGUGGGGCUCUCGCGCCGCCUUGCCCCUCACGAAGUCGUCCCCUGAGAGCAGGGAAGCCUACGAAAACAGCAUGCCCCACAUAGCCUCCGUGCACAGGAUUCACGGGAGAGGACACUGGGAUGAGGACAGUGUUGUUAGUUCUCCUGAUCCUGGCUCUGCCAGUGAGUCAGGAGACCGAUACCGUACUGAGCAGUAUCAGAGUAGUCCACAUGAACCCAGCAAAAUUGAAACUCUAAUAAGAGCUACCCAACAAAUGAUUAAAGAGGAAGAAAACAGACUACAGCUACGGAAAACAACCCCUGACCCCUUGGUCUCCAUUAAUGGCACAGGGAAAAAGCAUGCUAUUUGUUUUGCAAACUACCCUCAGCAGCAGUUGGCAGGGGACGUCUGCCGUGUCCCUACAGUGGCCAACACUCCUCCCUGUGAACACAUCCAGCAACGGGAUGGAAAGAUUAUGAGCCCACAUGAGAAUGACUAUGACAACAGCCCCACGACGCUGUCCAGGAUAAACAGCCCCAGUUCUGAUCGAAUAUCAAAAUCUAGUUUGGUUCUAGCUAAAGACUACAUGCAUUCAGACAUGUCCCCUCAUCAAGCUCCGGGGGACCACCCAGCAGCUUCUCCAAAUUAUUACAGCUCACACAGGCAGUACUUUGAUAAGCAUGCUUAUACAUUAACUGGAUAUGCUCUAGAGCAUCUAUAUGACAGUGAUACCAUUAGAAACUAUUCGCUGGGCUGCAACGGAUCACAUUUUGAUGUAACUUCUCACUUGAGGAUGCAGCAAGAUCCAGCACAAGGACACAAGGGGACAUCUGUUAUAAUAACCAAUGGAAGCUGA